AUGGCCCACAAGCUAAAACAUCAUAUCGAAGUGAGCUCAGUUGCUUUAGCCGGUCUGAAAGCUGAAAUUUCCCGGAGACAAGUAGAACUUAAACAAAAAGUACAAAGACUUCCAGAAGGAUGUACUGUGAUUAAAAAUACUCCCACCGGCCCAAAUGCUAGGAAACGAUCGAUUUGGAGACUACCCAAAAAGGAGAACACUGUUGCUAGUUAUCUUAAACAAGUACCUGGUGAAUUAGAUCAAACGGAUGAACAGUGGGAGAGAAGUCGUCGAGCUCUGGAAGCUAAGGCUAAGCUUUACGAGGCUUUGAAGGCAGCCGCAUUAUCCGGAACACAUUCGAAUUCAAAAAGUCGAAUACACACGGAAGCAUCGGAGGACGCACCACUUGUCGAUUUCGAGCAGAAAGCUCAAGAGGAGAUUCAGAUUCGAAGUUCACCGUCUCGCGUCCAGUCCUGUAGUGACAGCGGGUCCGACUUAGAUGACAACCCGCGAGACUAUUCAGCCAACGAAAGUGAUGAGGAAUGGGAUGAGUACACCGAUCAGCGUGGAAUAAAACGAGUAUGUAUGCGUAAAGAUCGCCAUUCCAAUUCCGAGACGGAACCGCCUCCCCGUCCCGAUGGUCCUCUCACUUACGCCCAUUUACGUGAAGGCGAAAUACGAGACCACGGUGUUGGAUUUUAUGCAUUCUCUCAAAAUGCUGAAGAGCGCGCGGCUGAGAUGACCCGGCUCAAGGAGUUACAUCGUGCGACUGAGGAAGGUCGUGCAAGAGCUGGGGCGAUACGUGCAAAACGUGAUGCUCGAAUGGGACAAAGACUUGCUCGACUUCGCGCUAGAAAAGGUCUUCCUGACGUGGCUACCGCAGCUGCACAAUGUCUGGGUGAAAAUACCGCUCCGCCAACUCCCCUGCCUGUCAGCUCUGAUGCUCAGUCAGAUAUACGGCUUAGUAGUGAUGAUCUUGAUGUGGCUUCGAUGUUGCGUCGUCUUCGUGAUGAAGCAGAGCUUCGUGCUUCACUGAACGAUCCGGUACCGGAGUCUCCGUCUACAAGUGAAGUCUCGAAUAGCCCGGCUAAUUUGGCCGACGUCAUUGCCUCUCAAACAGCGACCUGCAUAGAUCGUACGCAUCAGUCGCGCGAAUGGGAUCGGGGCAAAUUUAUGAUGUCUGCACAGCGCUAUAUCCAGUCUGAGAGAGAAAAAAGGAACAUAGAUUUUGCUCCCCCAACGUUUUACUGA